AUGUACUACUGUUACGGAUAUUCGGGCGACGAUACCUCUGUCGUAGCUGCGAACGCUGCCUUUGCGAUGAACCUCCUCUCCUACAAUAUGGACAUCUGGCUCAAGAACAACCGGUACGGCACCAACAUGACCAACACCCUUGAAAACGAGACCCGUGGCAAGAUUGAGGCCUACCGAUCCUUUGCAUUACAACAGGUUCGCUACUUGUUGGGCGAUAAUCCAGAAAAGACACCUUAUGUUGUAGGUGUUCAUCCAAACUCGCCGACGAACCCUCAUUCUUCGUUGGCUGCUGGAGGAAGGAGUACGGAUAGUAUUGAUACAGAGCCGUUAAAGGAGGCGCAUAUCUUGUUGGGCGCCCUUGUAGGUGGGCCGGAUAAGAAUGAUCACUUCCAGGAUCUUCGGAGCAAUUGGCGCCAGAACGAGGUCGCGUUGGAUUACAACGCGCCCUUCACAUCACUAAUGGCCUACCAAGUCAUGACCUCACACGACCCGCCCCCCUACGCAACCAUCGCAGCCGGCCGCCCAUCGCAUGACGUCCUAGUCGCAGAUAUACCCGCCUGGAAACUAGUCCUCAUCAUCGCCCUCGUCGCCUCCAUCCUAUUCCUCAUGGCCAUAUACCUCUUUUACUACCACCGCAACGAUAUUCACCUCUGGUUCACCUCCCUCGGAAAGCGGCUCCGAGGCGAAAAAGUCAACAGCCAUGGUGACAGGAAGGGAAACAGUGGCUCGUUGUCGGCGACGACGACGUUUGACGAAAAACGACGGGUCCAGUCAACUUCGUCGCGGGUUUCCUCGCCCUUUAGAGCUGAUGGAGAGGAUGGCACGAUCUCGGGCGAGAGCUAUGAGAAGUGGGGUGGUAGGAGGGGUAGUCUUUCGAUGGAGAGUAGCGGCGACGGUGCAGGCGUGAUCGGUGGCGCCAGAAGGGGUAGUCUCCCUAUGAGCAACAACCCGGGUGGCGGCGGUAGGAGAGUUAGUAUCCCCAUCACGAUCGGCACCACAACCAAGAAUGACAUAGAGCCACAGGAGACGACGACGACAGGCGGUUUUUUUUGGCAGGGCAACAGCCGUACUGCGGCCACCACCCCUGACAGUCCUCAAAAAAGCAAGCCCAGCAGCUACCGGAAGACCGUACGAUCUCGAAUCUGCGCCCGGCUCAAGUUCAUCCUCACGGUUAUUACUCGCCCGCCCAGGCGCCUUGGCUACCUCCUCCUACCCGCCCACAACCCCCACAACGCCAAUGACGCCCUCCGGAGACACCAUUCUCCAACUGGCGUAGAGUCCUUCCCAGAAAUCCACCCCAACAUACCAUUCACAUCCAUUGUUCAUCAAUAA